AUGAACGUCUCCAGAAUAAGAGUAAGGUCAAGAUGGAUCAUCGCCGCCGGGAAGCGGAGCGAUUUGCAUGAGGCGGCGCAGACGAGCCGGACGGUCGCCUCGCUCGCCGCGCGAUUAAAAAUGCAGGGCGCGCCGGGUGGCAGAGCGCGGGCGGGGCGGGGCUACGUCCGGCGCUCCCAUUGGCGGGCGAGGCGGACGGGCGGGGCCGGGGGCGCCGCGCGCGGGGGGCGACCGCAGUCGCCGCCGCCCGGACGUCGGCCACCUCACAACGCACGUAGCCCUCGCGCCGUACGUGAACCAAGGAUCGGCAAGCUGUACGCGCCGCAGGAAGACGACAUGCUGACGAUGGAGACGGAUCUCAAAGGCGGCAGCCUGCAUGCGACGGUGCCGCCGCAUCACGCGCUGCAGCACGGCUACGGCUCGCUAGGCGCGCUCGGCGGCAUGAUGUCGCUGCCCCAGCAGCAGCCGCUGCCCCAACAUCAGCCGCUGCAACACCAUCAGCACCAACCGCUGCCGCAGCACCACGCGCAGCCCCAGCCACAACACCAUCAACCGCCCAACAACAACAACAACACCACGAGCAAGAACUCCAACGCGGAACGGGUCAAGCGACCGAUGAACGCGUUCAUGGUGUGGUCGCGCGGGCAACGCAGGAAAAUGGCUUCAGACAAUCCCAAAAUGCACAAUUCGGAAAUAUCGAAACGCUUGGGCGCACAGUGGAAGGACUUGUCCGAGUCCGAGAAGCGACCUUUCAUCGACGAGGCGAAGAGAUUGCGCGCCGUUCACAUGAAGGAACACCCGGAUUACAAAUACAGGCCGAGGCGGAAAACGAAGACGUUGGCCAAGAAGCAGGAGAAGUACCCGCUGGGAGGUGGAUCGUUGCUCGGUGCCAGUGACGUGCAAAGAACGUCCGCUCCGGCGGCGCAACAGCCGCGCGACGUAUACCAGAUGACGCCGAACGGGUACAUGCCCAACGGCUACAUGAUGCACGACCCCAGCGCAUACCAGCAACAGGCGUACGGCUACCCGCGCUACGACGUGUCGCAGAUGCAGCAGAGCGGCUACGGCGGCGGAUACUACGGCGGUGGCCAGGGCUCACCCUACCUGCCGCAGCCGCCGUCCCCGUCCGCCUACGGGCUGGGCCCGGGCUCGCCAGGGGGCUACGCGCUGCCGGCGUCCUGCGCCUCGCAUUCACCCAGCGGCUCGUCGGCCAAGUCGGAACCCGUGUCUCCCGGGCCGCCGGGCCUGAAGAGGGAGUUCGUCCACGAGCCGACGGCGCAGCUGAAGCGGGAGUACGGGCACGUGGGCGGGCAGGCGCACCCGCACGAACAGCUCGCCAUGAAGCGCGAGUACGGGCAGCAGGACCUCAGCCACAUCAUCAACAUGUACCACGUGCCCGACGAGCAGCGGUACGCGGCGGGCGAGCGCGCGAUGCCGCUCAUCUGA